AGAUUUCUCCCGGCCGUCGAGAGCCGAGCGGGCUUCAGAGUCGGAGUCGAACCCCUCCACCCCGAAACACGGCAGUAGUUCGGGCAGCCACCGUCACCACCGCCACCACCACCACCACCAUCACCACAACAACCACUCGCACCGGCAGCAGCAGCAGCAACAACAGCAACAACAACAACAACAGGAGCAACAAGAAUCCUCCCAAUCCCAGUACUCUCACCACUCCAAAUCCUCGGAAGUUCCCAGCCUCAGACUCGACAUGGCCGCCACCCCGCGAAGCCCGCGACCCGGAAGUGGGGGUCACAGCAGUGGUAGAGAUUACGACUCCAGCUACGGUCACUCGUCUUCUCAAGGUCACUCGUCUUCUCAAGGUCACUCCGGGGUGACAGACGUAGAGACUCCCCAGUUUCCGGGCGGGACUUCCAGCCACGGCCACUACAGCCGGGGUAACUCUGCCAGCACGAGCUCCGAGCUGUUCAGGACGCCCGGCCAGUACGCCUCUCGGAACCCCAGCCCCGCCUUCACGCGCACCCAGUCCUCCCACUCCUCCCCCUCCCCGAAGCACCAGUCCCAGGGAUCCUCCUCCUGCUCCACACCCAACUACCCUCCCCCGCGCUACUCCGAGCUCCGACGAGAGGACUCCUCCUCCUCCUCCCACAAACGCCCCCACACGAGCAGACCCGCGCGAACCGACUCCGCCCCCUCCAACGUGGCGUCAUCCUCCGGUAGCACUUCCGCUAGAACUGGCUCCACUCCGCGAAGGACCACGUCGCAGUCUCCGCGAAGCACGCCCCCGAGAACCUCGUCUCGUUCCGGUUCAGGCUCACCCAGGACGCAGAAGGAACGAGACCGAGAGAAACAGCGGCGGUCGGAGACUCUGUCCGUAAAAUCUGCCACAGAGGCGGCCUCUCGGACCGAGGAUAUUCCCGAACACAUGUACCACCAGGACGAAGAGGGGUUCUUCUCUUCCGUCUUCUCGCUCAAUCCAUCUCGAAUGUUCCAAAGUUCCGACGCGGACGGCAAUUCGAAAAAAGGCAUUCUGUUCUUCAGCCGGCUGUCUGGGGCCGGGCGGAAGGAUUCGAACCAAAGCCAAGGGGGUCGCUCGGGCGGUAGCCGGCUGAGCUCCAACAGUUUCAGGACUGGCGGCUUCGACUCCUGAUGACCGCCCGCCCCUCUAGCUCAAGGGUCAAGGACGAUGGGAGCCAUCUAGGUCAAGGUCGAGUGUGUUGCAAAAACACUCGGAUUUGCUGUGAUUUUUUAUACAUUUUUUGUAUUUAUUAGACACUAAUGAACAAUG